UCUCGAGGAACAACAAACCCACAGCAGAGAGAGAGAGAGACACGAGGUCAUGGAGUCGAGUGAGAAGCAAGAGAGAGAUGACCAGGAAGCCUUGAAGAGUAAAACUCCUGCACCCUUAAUGUCUGAUCUUAAGAAAGUAAGCCCAAGAGUGAGCACUAGCAGCAGUGCUCGCUUCGGCGCGCUCAGCCAUCACUCGUUUUUCUCCAGACACAACCCUCACCCUAACAGAGUCAAACACAUAUCUGGUUUGAAUGGAAGUCUGGUGUGUAUUGUGAAUGAUGAUUGGUACAGCAACACUCCACUCUUCCCACAUCCACUGAUCAGGAGUCAAGUUUCCUCCGGCUCUAAUCACACGCCCAUCUCUCUACCGUAUCACACCACUUUCACCCGAGCUGACGGAGCCAAGCAGGCUGCAGCUAUGAUUUCUGAAGCGUGGAGAGAGGAACUGAAGGACCUGGCAACUAAAGUCAGUCUCUCAGCUGCAGCUGCCAGUAAAAGAUCUGAACACGAGAUUAUCAGAGAGGAGGAGCCGAUGCGUAGGAAGACCCAGUACUCAUCUGAAACGGGUCGCAUAAUUCCUCCAACAUCCUGGAGAACCAAACGGCGUGACUUCCACACUCCAAACACACAUCCAGGAACUCGUACACCUCAGGCUUCACAGAUACAACCAGGAACCAUCAGCCUAGAGGGGCAAGAACUCAGGGUGUUGGAGCUGUUGUGUCAGAUCCUGCAGACGGAUUCGCUGUCUCUGGUACAGCAGUGGCUUCUUCUGGCUGGAGAUCCAGAGAAGGAGCUGGUUCUCAGGAUGCUCCAGCAGGCCAUGUGUGAUUCUCCAGCUCUCCUUCAACCACCACAGUUUCCCAUUACAGCUCAAACCGAGCCUCCGCUUCAGACACGCCGAAAACGCCGGAUGAGGAGUGUGUGUUCAGCUGGAGAAAUGGAUAAAGAGAAAGCAGUUAAAGAGAAACCAGAGCGGAUCGGAGAUGCUGAAGUCUUGCGAGUUCGACAGGACGAGAGUGAAAACAUCAACGAUUCUGCAAGCCAACACGAACACAGUCAAUAA